AGCCUCAUGUGCUUUUUGACCAUAAUGCGUUCAAACAUUUCUGUUCUGCUCUCAUCCUGUUUGGGUGGAAUACACCGACUGGCAACAUGAACGUGUCAGGGAUCCACCAGGGGAUGCUCCGCAUGUAUGGCGGAUUUAUUUUUAAACACUGGAAGAAGAGGUUUCUGCUCCUGACACCGGAAGGCAGCCUCCUCGUCUGCCAUGAUUCCACAUCUCCCCCUGACCAGCUGGUGUCUUUGCAGAAUGGCUGUGAAGCAAUCGCAGAAGGCAAGGACAUCUUAGAUCUACCCAAGUUGCCCUCCGGCGGAUACAGGGAAUGCUGCUUUGCUCUGAUCCUUCCCCAGAAUAAAUAUCUUCUGCUGCUGGCCGACACUCCUGCAGACUGCAGUCAAUGGCUGAACAUACUCAAGAAAGUGAAAAUGAGUGUCUCAUCACCUCUCAGUCCUUGUAAACGACACCAGGUUCCACCACCACGCAUUACCCUUAAAGAUCUGAUGCCGGAGCAGAUUGUGGACAAGGAUCCACCGACUCCACCUGUGAGUGACUCCGAGUCUGCGUCUCCAGGACCUAUGAGCUGUUCUUCACCCAGGGACAAGGGUAGGAAUUCUCCUCACACAAAGUAUCACAAAGGUGGAAUGCAUUCCGUGGGGUGUCUGCGUCAUGGUACUAUCAGUAAUGCCCAUGCCAUGAAGGCUGUUUAUCUGCUGAUGGGAGGGGCUGCUGCCUCCUCUGCUAUGGGCUACCUCGGCGCAUGCUCGCCCUCUAAUCUGGACGCCAAAGCUCCUGACUUGCCGGUCAACUCAGAUUUCUCUGGCCUGGGUCCAGCAGGAGCGUACCACUCUGGGAGCCCAGCACUCGACUCCCCUCACUUCAACAGCUUUGACUUUGAAAUGGCAGACUCAGACUUUGAUGCGUUUGAUUGCGGUGGAUUUACUUUCUAAUAAUGUGUUGCAUUAAGGCCAAGCAUUUGGACGACUCUGAUGACAUGGUACUUAAUAUUUCAUUGACACAUAAGGGCUUUGAUUAUGCUUCUUUAAAAAAUAAGUUCUAAAUAACUCUGUACCUAGACCGAUUAAGUGUAAUAUCUAGAGUUGGAAAAUAGCUUAAAAUGUUCUUUUUUUACUCAUGAAAUGAAACUUAAAUGACAUGUUUCACAGUUCUUACAAGAUUUUAGAAUGAAUGUUAGCUGUGAUUUUACCAAAACUGGUAAAAUCAAAUUCUAGCUUUUUAUUACACUUUUACACGCCAUUUCAUGUGUUUGUUUUUACCAAUACUUGUAUUUAUAAAUAUUGUAACAUAUCUAUAUUGUAACAAAGACAGUAUGAUAAUUAUUUAUUGUUAAUAUUCUUCAAAUUGUGCUGAUUGCAGAUGAACAAAAUGACAAACAUUUGAGAUGAGUUUUGAAUGUAAUGAGAAUUUUCUGAAAG